AUGGCUUUGCUCCAGCAUGCCGUCCGCGCUGCUCGCGCCCCCCAGAGCAUCCUCCGACAGGCACUUCCUACGGGCAGCCGAUGGCUGGCGGUGCUCCGCCCGGAGGCGGCAAAGCCUUUGCCCGGCCAAAUCGCUCAGAACCCGGUGUCCCAGGCCGCAGGACUCGGCGAGCCAAUGACCAAGCGCCACGCCGGAGUUUCCGUGCUGGGAUGUGCGAUUGCCAUGGUGGCAGUGGGUGGCUGCGCACAGGGUAUUGGACAACUCUUCGCUGCGCUGGUCGUGGGAAUGGCUCGUAACCCAUCCAUGAAGGAGGACCUCUUCACCUACACGUUGAUCGGGAUGGGUGCCUCGAUCCGGGUUGAGACUAAGACUACGGCCUGCAGAGCUUUGGGAUGGGAUGCUAAAUGA